CGAUUCAGGUUUACUUCCGGAGGGUUCCACCUCCCUCCUCCUCCCCCCUUUCUCUCCAGAGAGAAGGGGAAGAAAACAGAAGAGGGUGUGGGUUUUGGACCGUGCUGGGCUUGGCCCAGUCUGGCGCCUCUCCCACUCUCUCCGUUCGGCACUAGAGUAGAAGAAUACAUGUUUACGUUCAGCACAGAGGAGCAUGUUCCCAAAUUCUUCCAACCUUGGUCGUCCACCCUUCCCUCCAGAGCACCAACAAUACAACUUCUUCAGUAAUCUUCCAGUGAAUAUACCUCCUCUUCUUUUUUAUCACCAGCAAAUUAUUGAUCAUCCUCAAUUCCAAAGUUCAACAGCUCUGGUGAGUGGUAACCUUUCUACUGUCCUUCCUAUUUCACCACCACCUCCACCCUUCACCUUCAGAAAUGGCAGCCCAGUACAUACAUCAGCCGCACCUGCAUUAUUCCGAGGCAGAAAGAGACUGAAAGAGCAAGAUAUUCAUUGUGAAGUAAAGCGCCAGCGGUUUCAUUCACCUCAUCAUGAAUCCACUUCAGCUAGCCGACCAGUGCCUUUACCAGAAGAUCGCAGGCAUUCAUUCCCUAGAUCCAUUCCCUUGCCAUUACUUCAUGCGCAUUAUAUCUCAGAUUUGGCCGGAUGCGUGCCACCAUUACAAGAAGCUUCAUUUCCUGACCCUAUAGAAACUGCUCUCCCUGUGGCCAAAGAUAAGUUAAGUCAGCAAGUACUGGAGAUAUUUCAGGCAUGUCAACAACAAACCUAUGACUUGAACAAAAAAGAGCUUUGCCGGACACAACUCCAAAGAGAAAUUCAGCAGAUCUUUCCAAAUAGUACACUAUUUUUGGUUGGAUCCUCACUGAAUGGAUUCGGUACUCGUAGCAGUGAUGGUGAUUUGUGCCUAGUGGUUAAGGAGGAGCCAAUUAAUCAGAAGACUGAAGCAAGACACAUACUCAGCCUGCUCCAAAAACUCUUCUGUAGGAAACUUUCAAGCUACAUUGAGAGACCUCAACUGAUUCGAGCAAAAGUGCCAAUAGUGAAGUUCAGGGACAAAGUCAGCUGUGUGGAGUUUGACUUGAAUGUAAACAAUGUUGUAGGAAUAAGAAACACAUUCCUUCUCAGAACCUAUGCAUACAUUGAGAGUCGAGUUCGUCCAUUAGUGCUGGUUGUGAAGAAGUGGGCGAGCUUUCGUGGCAUUAAUGAUGCUAGUCGAGGCACUUUAAGCAGCUACAGUCUUGUGUUGAUGGUUUUGCACUAUUUACAAACCCUACCUGAACCUAUCCUUCCAUCCCUCCAAAAAAAUUACCCAGAAUCUUUUGAUCCGACUAUGCAGCUCCACCUUGUGCACCGAGCCCCGUGCAUUAUUCCUCCUUACCUUUCCAAAAACGAAUCAACUCUUGGAGACCUCUUGCUGGGCUUCCUGAAAUAUUAUGCUACCGAAUUUGACUGGAACAGUCAGAUGAUUUCAGUUCGUGAAGCCAAAGCCAUUCCAAGGCCUGAUGGCACUGAAUGGAGAAACAAGUUCAUUUGUGUAGAAGAACCUUUUGACCGAACAAACACUGCUAGAGCAGUACAUGAGAAACAGAAGUUUGACAUCAUUAUAGAUGAAUUUCGAAAGUCAUGGCACAGAUUGAGAGACAGGAGAGACUUGAACUGUAUACUACCUUUAAGAGCAACUAUUCAGAAAAGAUAACUGACUUCCAUUUCCAUGACUGAGACGCGAAUCCCCAGAUGAAGGUUUUUUUGCCCUGGUACUCUCCCCACACCCAAAAAGGGGAUUUUUCUUUCAAGCUUUUGUCAAGGAGACUUCUGCAAGAACAAAGAAGAAAAAUGCAACCUGAACAAAAUUCAUUCAAACCAUUUGAAAGACUACUUUUUUGAAAUGGCUUGAAUCAGUGACCAAUAAAGGGACUAAUAUGAAUUUGCAGAUCUGAUGGGAGUCGAUUCAUUUAUUGUUAACAUUGGUUGUAGUCGUGAGUCAACCACAGUAAAUAUUAAGAUAUGAAGAUAAUCAAUUAUGUAACGUACCACAGCUAGGCUAUAACCUUAAAAGAGAGCACACAGGGCACAUUUCCUCAAGAGCUGCCCCUGAUUUGUGACUGCGCUUUGCCUUUACUUGGCUGUUUCCAGUUUGUAAUCUUGGAAAUAGUAGUGGCAUCUUUGCAGAAAUAACAGAUGGGCUCUAAAACAAAAUAUUGUUUUCACUGAGAUAGUAAACCUAUGUCUGGAUUGUACCACUUCAGUCUGCAGAUGGGGAUUUGCGUGAUGGAGUGAUCGCAUAAAUGCCACCUGCCUCUUGGACAGAGAAAGGUUCCGAAGAAGGAGUUUUGUUGUAUGAAGGAGCCUCCAUUGCAGGCUGACAUGGUACAUCUUAAACACAGUUUAUUGCCUUGGUGCAAAUUGCUCAACGCCAGGAAUUGUAACAACAACUGGAUUUCUUAAGCGGCACAGCUACUACACUGCAUGUGACUUGCCAGACUGAACGCAGCCUACCAGGCUUAAUGAAUUGUUUGUGCAUCCUAUCUUCAGGAGCUACCAGAAAAUCCUAAAAAAAAACAACCCAUGACAGUUGGGCUGUUCAGCUGGUGAGUUUCAGGCUGUGCAGCUCUGGCAUGUGGCAAGCCGCUCUCUGUAGCAAGACCUUAAAUAAUAAUUUCAAAUCGGGGUGGUGUCAAAUGUGAUGAUGAAAUAGACGGGGGAGGAAACAAAAGCCAGGGCUGCAAUUCCUCCUACGUUAUUACUAGCGUAGCAGAUGAAAAGAAAUGUGCAGAGGUGGUACUGUUGCUUGCGCAUCUUGCCUGUGUCCCCCCUCCCAACUCCUGUGACAAAAUAGCAUCAUAAAGCAGCGAUGCUGCUCCUCUGCCUGAGGUGUCGUGUGGUAUGAGGUCCAGUCCCUUUUCAACAGUUUCUUCUCCAUAUAAAGAGAAUAAUAGUGAUAACUGCUCAAAUUAGCUGCUACAAUAAGCCAAGUUCUUAUUUUGUUUCUAUUUUUGUGUAAAUGUUUGUAAAUUGGUCAACCACUAUAUAAAUUAAGAUUUAAAGAAAAAAAAAUCUUUAAAAUGUAAACCUUUUUCAAGAAAUAUGGGACUUCUUUUAGAUCUGCUGUAGCACAAUUUGUGCCUCUCUUAUUUAUUGCCGACCAAUUCAUAUGUUAAACAGAUACUUUUCUCUGAUGUCAAAGUUCCUUUUCCUCUUUUAAGUUUAAUAUUUUAAUUGUGUCCAAGUGGAAUAAAGUUUCUGUAAAUAAAGCCACAUUUUUUAUGUAA